CACGCAGCGCAUACGCGUCAUGCCCACGCCACGCUUGCUGACCUCCCAGAAGAAGACCGAGUCGCCUGCCGCGGAGUCUCCGUCCAUCAUGCUCACAUCGCCCAGCAUGAAGGGCACCAAGUCACGCAUGACCACGCCCAAGGCGACACCCACGAGGCCGACGGGACCCUCGAAGUCGCCAACGCCGACGAGGACGAAGACUACGUCAAGCGUGAAGGCGUCGCCGAGCACGCCUGCGAAGAGCGUCGCGUUGUCGAAGCAGCCUGCAAGCGCGGCACGCGGGGAGACGCCGCUGCGCCCGCUUUCGCUCAUUCCUGGGGUGGACGAGGAGGACAAGUGGUUCUUAAUGUGGGAUGGGGAUGAUAUGACGCUCGAUAUGGUCACAGACGUGAACGAUCGGGACGUUGACGAGACGGAGAGCGCACUGCAGGCAGUGCAGACGCUCUACGCGCGCAAAUGGCUCCACUACAAGCGACUGCUCAAGCGUGCACAAGCGUCGACCGCCGCGCAGCUGCACGCGCUGCAAGCCGAGGUCAUGUCCGGAAGUGUGAAGACAAACAUUACGAAACCGCAUACACUCCCAGCGGGGUCGAUGUACGCGCAAUAUGAAGAUACCUACCAAGAGAAGCGAGUGAGACCCGUGAUGAAGAAUGCGAUGCCUCCUGAGGAAUUUGCCCGGCAAGUUGUUUCCCAGGCGAUCAAAGCUGUUCCGAAAAAUUGGCUUUGGGUGGGAACACACUCCUUCUUUUGCUGGUUCAUAGACACGUUCUUUGGUCAACGAGCCUUUCAUUUCAUUUUCAUGCACAUGUUCGGGCUGUCCGAAUUUUCCGCGCUGGUGAAGGGGAGGAAAGCAAAGGCUACAUAA